AUGGCCGACAACACUGCCUCCUCCCCAAAGCAAUCGCCCCGGUCUCCCAUCUCGCAAAAAUCGGCAGCAAGUCGCGAGGCUGCGGAAGCUGCGGGUCUUCAUGAUGCUGAACAUUGGGCCAAUUUAGUUCAAGAACCUCAUGAUGACGAUACUGAUUCAUCACUCGGUAGUGACGCUGAGUCGUCGACGGCAUCCAUGAACUCUAGUAUUCUCAACUACCGAACUAUCAAGGGGAGGACUUAUCAUUCGGAAAGAGGCAACGCUGAAUAUUGGGCAUCCAAUGACGACCAGCAAAAUGAAGCCAUCGACAUCAUACACCACUAUCUCCUUCUCGCCCUUGAUGGAAAGCUUCAACUGGCUCCAAUAGGAGACAACACAAAGUCUGUCCUCGACGUCGGCACUGGUACAGGAAUCUGGGCAAUCGAUUUUGCGGAUGAGCACCCGGAUACCGAACAAGUCAUAGGAACUGACAUCUCCCCUAUUCAACCUAGUUGGGUACCCCCAAAUGUCAAGUUUGAGAUUGACGACUGUACUCAACCAUGGACCUUUUCACCCAACACCUUUGACUUUAUCCAUAUGCGAUAUCUGUAUGGUUCUAUUAGUGACUGGGGAGCUUUAUUUCAAGAAGCAUACCGCGCUUGCAAGCCAGGUGGCUGGGUCGAGAGCUUUGAGGCAUCACCUCGUUUAGAAAGCGACGAUGGUAGUGUUCAAGAAGGCAGCGCCAUCAGCGAAUGGGGCAAGUUCUUCAUCGAAGGUGGUAAGAAGCUAGGAAGGACGUUUACUAUCAUCGACGACGAUCUUCAAAAGAAGGGCAUGGAAGAAGCAGGGUUUGUCGACAUAGGUACUUGGGAUUUCAAGGCUCCUGUCGGCUCCUGGCCCAAAGACCCAAAGUUGCAAGAGAUUGGCAAAUUUGGGCACGCUGCAAUGGAUCAGGACUUGGAGGGAUUUGUCCUUUAUAUGGCUAGUUUUGUUCUGGGCUGGUCACAGGAGGAGGUGCUGGUGUAUUGCUCUCAGUUACGACGCGAGUUGCGAAACCCAAGACAUCACCCGUAUUGUCGGAUGAGAAUUGUGUAUGGAAGGAAACCUGAGUAG